GUAAGACGAUUCAAAAUAGAACGAGAGAUAUGUAGUUUUCGUCGUGCUGCUGUAGGAGUAUCAAAUGCAACUGAACUUUAUCGUUCCUAGAGUGAGACAUCAAACGUAGCAGGCAUUUAUAAAUAUUGCACGGGGAAAAUGGUGUACAUUAACGUCGCCGUUUGUCUGUCAGUUCUUCUGUUUGUGAUCGGAUUAUCCGUGGGUCUGAGCAUGAACACCUUCAAAGGACGAAAUGCUCUCGACUUGGCGCCUCUUAUUGAUGGCCACAACGAUUUACCGGACAAUCUCUAUAACAAGUUACACAACGAUUUACGGACUUUCCGGUUUGAAGAUGAUUUAAGCAACGACGAUGUUUGGGGAAGAACCGCCUGUCCUACGUGUUUCACCGAUUUACCUCGUCUAAGUAAGGGAAAAGUAGGUGGACAGUUCUGGGUGGCGUACGCACCGUGUGAAUCGCAAUACAAGGAUGCCAUACAACUAACGUUACGGCAGAUCGACGUGAUUCGACGACUUAUUCAGCGAUAUCCGAACAAUUUGCAAUUAGUCACCGCCGCGGGGGACAUCGAAACCACAUGGAGGAGCGGCAAAAUAGCGUCCAUGAUAGGCGUCGAGGGCGGCCACUCCCUCGACUCGAGCCUAGCAGUUCUGAGGCUCUACUAUGACCUCGGAGUUCGUUAUGUUACCCUGACUCACGGCUGCAACACACCGUGGGCUGAUGCAUCGCCCGUGAAUGAGGGAAAUGUUUACAAUCUGACAGAAUUCGGACAGACUAUUAUUUAUGAAAUGAACCGAAUUGGAAUGCUGGUUGAUCUGUCUCACACCUCUCACAAUGUCAUGCGGGAAGUGCUUGCAAUAACAAAAGCUCCUGUCAUGUUCUCGCAUUCGUCUGCUUUUAGCAUAUGCAAUAACUACAGGAACGUUCCAGAUGAUAUUCUGCAGUUAGUCAAAAAGAACAACGGUAUUGUUAUGGUGAACUUUUACAACAACUUCGUGAACUGCAACGAUUCGAAGAACGCGACGAUGGAGGAUGUCAUAAAACAUAUAAAUCACAUUCGAAAUCUUAUCGGACCAGACCAUGUCGGUAUCGGCGCAGAUUAUGAUGGUAUAUCUAUAAUGCCAGUGGGAUUGGAAGAUGUUUCCAAGUAUCCCGAUCUAUUCGACCGUUUAUAUGAGAGUCAAAAGGGAGAGCCAACGUGGACCAAGGAGGAUUUGGAAAAAUUGGCUGGCAGGAAUUUCAUUCGAGUUUUGCAAGCUGCAGAAGCGGUGCGGGACUCAUUAUCGUCCGAAUCGCCUCGGGAAGAUAUUAUAACGGCAAACGAAUUAUAUGUUGCGCAAAAGAAUGAAGGACUUACUCCAGGCUCAUGUCAAACCGCACUUGAAUGGGACCAGUUAAAAACAACAGAUGAAGUAUCUAACUUAAGUACCACUAUGGAAACAAUUACUAAACCAGAGGCUUCGUGAAAAAAUUUACAAAACGAUAUGUGAUAACUUUAUUAACAUAUAAUUAAUAUUAAAAAGUAAAGUAUAAAAGUGUUGAAUAUUGUUAUAACGUUGUUUAGAUAUUAUUCAAUUCUCUCCAUACUCUCACACACUUAACAAUUUUC